AUGUUAGUGAAGACACUGGUUAGGGGUGCAUGCACUCUGGUAGGAGCUGUGACAACCCUCAGACUUGCUCCAUUUGAAAUCCAGGCCCAGUCAGCUGCUCUGCUUCACACUGUUGUCCGGAAAAAUUCUCUGGUGGAACAAGCAAAUAUGAAGGUUGAACUGAUCCCUGCACUGUCUGACAACUACAUGUACUUGCUGAUCGAUACAGACACCAGAGAGGCUGCUAUUGUGGAUCCAGUAGAGCCCAUAAAGGUUGUGGAAGCUGUCAGAAAACAUGGAGUUAAGCUCACAACUGUUUUGACCACACAUCACCAUUGGGACCAUGCGGGGGGUAAUGAGAAGAUGGUGAAGUUGAUGCCAGGUCUCAGGGUCUAUGGCGCUGAUGACAGGGUUGAUGCUAUUACAAAGAAAGUUCCAGACGCUCACAACUUUAAAAUUGGAACUCUUCAUAUUAAAUGUCUCCAUACACCAUGCCACACUACAGGGCAUGUGUGCUACUAUGUAACAAAAGAAAAGAGCAGUGACCCACCUGCUGUUUUCACAGGAGACACUCUCUUUGUUGCCGGUUGUGGUAAAUUUUUUGAGGGAACAGCAGAACAAAUGUACAGAGCUUUGAUUGACAUUCUUGGGUCGCUCCCUCCGGAAACUCGUGUUUACUGUGGUCACGAGUACACUGUCAACAAUUUGAAAUUUGCACGCCACGUGGAACCAGACAAUGAAGUUGUUCAGGAAAAGCUUGCAUGGGCAAAAGAGAAAUGUGACAACGGUGAACCCACAGUUCCCUCUACUUUGGCUGAUGAAUUCACCUUUAACCCUUUUAUGAGAGUCAAAGAGAAGACUGUGCAAGAUCAUGUAAAACAAACAAGUCCAGUGGAAACCAUGAGAAGCCUUCGAAAGGAAAAAGACUCUUUCCGCGUCCCCAAAGCGUGA